AACUGGUUCCAACAAUAGAUUGUGAAGGUUUCCGACCUUAUGUUCUAUGGUUAUGACCUGGCUUCUCUAAUCAAAAAGGUAAAGAUGUGUAACGUUAAAAAAAAAAAAAAAAAAGGCAAAAAAUAGGCCGUGUGUAAAUGAAUGUCAACGUUUUGUCAUUUGCCACCGUCUAUUUCGAGUAUUUGUAGAGGUUAAAUUGUGUUGCCUUCGUUCCAUCCACACCAAGCUAGGUCGCGCUAGAUAUUGUUAUGGGUAAGGCUGUUCAUAGUAAUGACAGAUGGACGUGAAGACGGUUCUGCAAUUCGCCGCAACCACAAGAGGCUUGUCACUACUAAUACAGGCUCUCCUAAAUGCUGCAAUCCCAGAUCACGAAGCUGAAUCAUUCACUCCACGUGCAGAGGAGGAGCCUCUGCUUCUGGAUCCUGCAGUGCAAUGGUUUCUAGGGGGCCUUUCCCACUGGGAUGCAGAGCAUUUCCUCUUCAUUGCUGAGAGGGGCUACCUGUAUGAGCACAACUAUGCCUUUUUCCCCCUGUUCCCUGUCAUACUGCGGGGGCUUGCAGAGACUAUACUACGGCCCCUCAGUGGCUGUCUUACACUGCGUGGACGCCUGCUACUGGCUGUUGCCUUGGGUAACAGCGCCCUCUUCCUGCUGAGUGUGAUAGCACUGUAUGGACUCGGCCGUGUGGUGCUGCAGGACCGGCGUCUUGCUCUAGUCUCAAGUUUGCUCUACUGUCUCACCCCUGCCAAUGUCUUCAUGAUGGRUGGUUACUCAGAGAGCCUGUUUGCUGCACUGACCUUCGGMGGCCUCUUUCUCCUWGAGAGAGGAUACACCCUCKGAGCCUGCCUGGCUCUGAGUAUAGCRACUGCUGCYKGAGCCAAUGGACUUGUGAAUGUAGGAUUCUUGCUGUAUCUGCCCCUGCAACAGGCKCUSUKRAAGWWCUGGGGACUGCGUAAGGACAAUAACAGYCACKACAAAUGCCUCCACUACACCUGGAUCYUCGCUCGUCUCCUGUUCACGGCUGCAUUGGGCACAGCAGUUAUUGCSCUCCCCUUCUUGGUCUUCCAGUACUAUGGGUACAGGGRGUUCUGUACACCCUCCCUCUCCUUGGAGCAGGUUUCCCCUGCCCUCAUCCAGCUUGCUGAGGAUAAAGGKUACAGGGUCCCUGACGAAAACGCYCCCCCACCCCUCUGGUGCCUGCGACCCCUCCCCRUGCUCUACUCUCAUAUCCAGGAUGUGUAUUGGGAUGUGGGCUUCCUGCGCUACUUCCAGCUUAAGCAGAUACCCAACUUCCUGCUGGCGCUGCCCAUGGCAACUCUGGGCAUGGUGGCGGCCUACAGUACUAUAGGGAUAACCCAGCCAGGUGUCGAGAUGGGGCUGUGGGACAGAGGGGCAAACAAACGGCCAGACAAACCCACACCUGGAUUUUACAGCCCCAGGGUGUUUUUAUAUGUGGUGCAUGCUACAAUGCUCCUGGGAUUUGGAACAUUCUGCAUGCAUGUGCAGGUUUUGACCCGGUUUCUGUCUUCCUCCUCCCCUGUACCUUUCUGGAUCAGUGCCCACCUGCUCUUACUCUACGAGCCUCUCCUUCAGCGAAGGUCACCACCCACAUCCAAUAAGGGGCAGCAGCGGGGGACACCCAGGACUGUCUUCUUGUACUUACCCCAAAACCCCAUUGUUCAUCUACUGUCCCACUGGAAGACAUGCUCUAUCCCCACGCGAUGGAUUCUAGGGUACUUCAUCUCCUAUUGGCUUAUGGGCCUGGCACUGCACUGUAACUUCUUACCAUGGACUUGACCUGACACUUUCUACAGAAGACCUGAUGUGUGCACAAAAUACAAUUUGAGGGCAAUAAUAAUAGCGCUGAAGCGUGUCCAUAUUUUCUGCCUGCUUCAUAAAUAGACAGUGCCAUUUUAGAUAGCAACUGGCUACUCACCUCUGUUAGUGUUAGGCAAUAAGGUUCAAGCGUUUUAUUUGCACUCCAUCUCACUUUCAGAAAAUUGCUUAUUUUAAUAUCCCCCCCCAAAAAUUGGAUUGAUUUGCAAUCCAGCAUUGAUGCACUGAUUAUUCCAUUCACUUGAAAGUUCCAUUGUCUCAUUGUGCUUUUGAGUGCAUGUGUUAAUAACAUUUCAUUGUCUUUUUUGUUUACUAAAGAGAUACUGUGUAAUAAAGCAUCACAAAUAAUUAGCGUUUUUGUUGAUAG